CUUGUAGACUCCGCCUUUUCCUGUUUGUGCGUCAUGGCGUCCUCACGGCUAGAAAUUAACUUUGUGAGGCUUAUGUCCCGUUGUGAGUCGAUAGCGUCUGAAAAGCGUUCUGAGACGGAGUGGAGGCUAGAAAAGUAUGUUGCUGCCCUUGAAGAAAUGCUCCUGGCUUUGAAGAAAAGCUCCAGGUGUGACCACAGCUGCUCUGAUGUACUUGUUGGCGUUCCUUUUUGUGUUCUACAGAGGAUGAAUUACAAACCUGCCCCUGAGGUCCUGACUGAUUACACAAGGAAGGUGGAUUUUCUCAAAGGCCUUCUGGAGGCUGAAAAACUGGUUUCUCCAACAGAGAAGGCACUUGCUAACCAGUUUCUAGCACCAGGGAGAAACCCAACUAUGGCAAGUGAGAAGACUCUUACAAGCAAGACUGUGCACCUACAGACCAAGGCAAGAUGUACAGGAGAGAUGAGGAAUGAACUUCUUGGAAUGGCAACAUCUGCAGCUGAUAUUAAAGAAACUGACUUGAGGAACAGAAGGGGAGUUGUGCUUGAUGAGAAGCAGUCAACAGCCGACUUGGACAUGGUCCUAAAGCAACAUCAAAAUACACAGGAGAAGCUGGCCGAGGAGAUGGUCAGUUUGGCCCGUAAUCUCAAAAACAACUCUUUGGCCACACAAAAUGUCAUCAAACAGGACAAUCAGACGCUGAAGCACUCCAUUCAUCUUGCAGACCUGAACUUUGAGAAACUAAAAGCUGAAUCAGAGCGGCUAGAGCAGCACACAAAAAAAUCUGUCAACUGGGUCUUAUGGGUGAUGCUGAUUAUAGUUUGCUUCAUCUUUAUCAGUAUGAUUCUAUUCAUACGGAUAUUUCCGAAGUUAAGGUGAUGCUGGGAUUGGCAAGUAAACAAACCUUCAGAAAGUUAACACUGUCAUGAAUGACUUCUGAUCUUUGGAGCUGCUUGACGUUUCUCUAUAGAUGCUUUUUCUUCUGUGGAUAUGUAACUAUUCUCCCAUAGGUAAACCUGUUGCAAAAAUAAUUUGUAAUUGUUUUGCUGGGAAAUUAUCUUUGACAAGAGAAGGAAGACUGAUUGACAAUACUGUCCCCUCAUGUCCUCUUGCUGUGCCCCAGGGUAAAAUUGUAAUAAUAAUUCAAGAAUAGAACCCUGCAGCAAAUACAGUACCCCCUUUAUUCUGAGUUCACCUUCUUUCUGUCCUGUCCGGCCUUUUUUGGUUUUUCUAAGAAAGGAUGGGUUUUUGAGAGUGUGCAGGACAGGACCAGUCUGUAUUGGCCAUAUUCUCUCAAGGCUGUUGUCUUGACACACUGUCUCAGUUGUUCUGCCAUACCACACUAAUUGAUAAGACCCCUUGUUUACAAAUAUUUUUGCUGGCGCUUUUUUUUUUUUCUUUUCUUUUUAAAAAACAGCAGCAUGGCAACUCAGAGAGACUGCCUUUUAUGAUAAUGCAUCCUUCUACCAAGGACAAGUGAAAGAAGAUGAUGUGUGGAGUUGUGUGACUCAAUUUCUUUUGUAUUUAAAUGGCUGCAAGCAGCGCAGCCUAGCAUUGCACCCUCAUUUGAUCACCUCUGUCAGUUUGAUUUCAAAUAGACAGUUGCCUUCUGUACUGGUUUUUA